GCCCAAUAGAAAAGCCUUUUCAAUUUAAGUCUCUCUCUUCUGUCUCCUCUUCACCAUUCGCACCUCAUUCUAAGAAAAGUCAGGUUUGCUCUUCUUCUACGCAUUUGAUCUGCUUCCUCUUUAUGUGUUCAUUCGAUCUGCAUAUUAGGUGAAUUUGUAGAAUCAAAGUCUUCGUAUCCAAUAUCUCGUUGCCAUGUCGGACGAGGAAGUUGUUGACCCAAAGGAGACAAUGGAAGUAUCUUGCAAGCCUAAGUGUGUAAGGCAACUAAAGGAUUAUCAGGCAUGUACUAGAAGGAUAGAAGGUGAUGAAUCAGGGAGCAAGCAUUGCACUGGACAGUAUUUUGAUUAUUGGCAAUGCAUUGACAAAUGUGUUGCCCCAAAGCUAUUUGAAAAACUCAAGUAACAUGGAUAUAAGCUGUUGAUCCAUUGCGAUUUUAUCUUGCUUUUUCGUUGUUGAAGCCUGUGCUACAGACUUGCAAUCCCUUCAAUCAACUUAGUUGCCGCAUGGAAAAUUUUGUACUAUGCACAUUCUUAAGAAGUGAUUAAUAAAAGAUACUUGUGGGUUAAAUUUUGUGGACACUUUUAUUUGGUCAAAUGAUUGAAAAUCCCGCGGAUGUUAUUCCCAGAUUUUCUUCUC